GACUGGUUGGUUGAUCCAGCAGAACAGUUUUAUUAUGUCUGGCUACAGGUCAUGAUCUUUCCCAUCGUCUAUAACUCUGUCAUCAUCAUCCUGAGGACAUGCUUCACUACGAUUGCUCUGAGCUAUCUGCCCGUGUGGCUCACGUUAGACUAUCUGGCAGACGUCAUGUAUAUAAUGGACAUGAUCAUCACCGUUCACACAGGUUACUUGGAUCAGGGAAUCCUGAUCAGGGACAUAAACCAGCUGAAGAAGCACUACCUGCACUCCAAACCUUUCUUCAGAGACGUGGUUUCACUGCUACCCACCGACCUCCUCUACUUCGUCUUUGGAAUCCAAACUCCAAUGGUGAGGAUCAACCGCCUGCUACGAAUCCCACGUCUCAACGAGGCCCUGGACCGCAUGGAGACCAGAACCUCCUACCCAAACACCUUCCGCAUCGCCAAACUCAUGAUCUACAUCUUUGUGCUGAUCCACUGGAACGCCUGUCUCUACUUCGCUCUGUCCAGCUACAUCGGCUUUGGGAGUGAUCGUUGGGUCUACCCCAACAUCACCGACCCAGAGUUUGCCUCCAUGCGGCGUCAGUACAUCUACUGCUUCUGGUUCUCUGCACAGAUUUUCACCACAGUGGGAGACACCCCCCUGCCAAAAAGGGAGGAGGAGUACUUGUUUAUGAUAGCAGAUCUGCUCAUUGCUGUGCUGGUCUUUGCAUCCAUUGUUGGGAAUGUUGGGAAUGUCAUCACAAGCUUAAGAGACCGUGAUAACGUCUUCUUCCCAAACCAUGAGCUGGUGAAGGCAUACCUCCGAAGCCACCACAUUAGCAAAGAGCUUCGUCAGCGUAUCGACAACUGGUACCAGCAUCUUCACAUCAACAAGAAGAUCAUGCGAGAGAAUGAAAUCCUGCAGCAGCUGCCUGUUCACCUGAGGACGGAGAUCGCUGUCAGCGUUCACCUUCCAACACUCUCCAAAGUCACCAUCUUCCAGAGCUGUGAGAAGAGUCUGCUGGAGGAGCUGGUACUGAAACUUAACCCUCAGGUGUUCAGCCCAGGAGAGUAUGUGUGCAGGAAAGGAGAUGUGGGGCAUGAAAUGUACAUCAUCAAAGAGGGAAAACUUGCAGUUGUGGCAGAUGACGGGGUCACAGAGUUUGCUGUGCUGAGUGAGGGGAAUUUCUUUGGGGAAAUAAGUAUCCUCAACAUUAAAGGCAACAAGUCUGGCAAUCGUCGAACUGCCAACAUCCGCAGCAUCGGCUACUCUGACCUUUUCAGCCUCUCUAAAGAAGACCUGACAGACGUGCUGUCUGAGUUCCCUGCAGCCAAGUGUCACCUGGAGGAGAAAGGCAGACAGAUCCUCACCAAGAUGGGCAUGUUGGAGGAGAGCGGGGAGGGAGCAGAGGGGGAGGCAGAGAAAGUUGAAACAAAGAUUGAAAGGCUGGAAAAGAACUUGGAAAUCCUGCAAACCAAACUGGCUCGACUCAUGGUGGAGCUAGAGUCAAGCAACCGCAAGAUGCAGGCCAGGGUGGAGCAGCUGGAGUGGGAGGUUGCAGCUCUGGGGACUCAGCCGCCAGAAUAUGUAGAAGGAGAGGAAGCAGAGGGGAGAGGUGAAGGGGUGGGAGGGGAGGUGGGUUUUGAGAGAGAAGAGGCAGAGGGAGAAGAAGAGGGGGGCUCAGAUGCAAAGGUACAAAAGAGGGGAGAGGGAGAAGACGGUAAGGAUGUAACCAAAGAAGGAGAUGGAGAGAGCACGAAAAGUACAAAAGAGGAUGCAGAACGGAUGGUGGAGGGAGAUCGAUCAGGUGUGAAGGACCCAGACAAUCAGGGACAGAAAAUAGAAGAUGAAGAGGAAAAAGGUAGAGACAAAGGAGAUGAUAGACCUGGGAAAGGUGAUGGAGCUGAGAUUGAACCUGCAGAUGAGAAAGUAGAGAAAAAUACAGAGAGAGAAUCUGAAGAGGAGGGAGAAAAUGAUGGAGAAGACUCAAAAGAGACAGAGCCAAAAGAUAAAGAGCAAAAACAAUGA